UAAACACCUUAACCUUUCAUAAGAAAUCGCAAUAAUGGAUCUGCCCAUGAAGGUUUUUGUGGUCAUCUUCCUUGUUCUUCUGACGACAGAGGAGGGAUUAGUGCCGAUAGCUUUGGCAAGGCAGUGCCAGUCACAGAGCCACAAGUAUAAGGGGCCGUGCGUGAGCGACUCUAACUGCGGAAAUGUUUGCUUCACCGAGGGUUUCACUGGUGGCAAGUGUGAUGGGUUUCGGCACCGCUGUUUCUGCACCAGGGACUGCUAAAGGACCCCUAUUUCUUUAUGCAUACAUGUAGAUCUAUAUGUAUGUAUUAAUAUUGGAAGAAAAUAAGCGCUAUUCGGAGGAGAUACAUGAAUAAAAGGAAUCAUAUCGAUCAU